AACCAAAAGGUGACAGGUUGUAUGAAGGUUGCGACAAAAUUGUCUACAGGGAAUGUUCCCACAACCAAAAGGUGACACUCCCACAACGUUUGGGAACUAGACAUUGUUGUCUGGGGUUAACAUUGCUGUAUUUUAUUGUUUUUAAAAUAAUAAAAAUAAUAAAAUAGGCCAGUUUCACAUACAUACCCAGUAUACCCUCACACUGACAACUCAGUGACUGUGUGAAUAAUAGAUGCACCAAUAACAUUAGAGGACUGUUGGGGUGCGGAUUUCCCUUAUUUAGUCAGACUGGGACACAGGAGCAGCAGCAGCAGCAUCAACAGCAGCAGCAGCAGCAGCAGUGUCGUAAAAUGCGGUGCUGAGGAAAACGGGAGGCGAUACACAGAGACACACAGAGAGGGAGAGAGGAGAAGAACAUUCGGAAUAUCUCUUAUGAGACUGGUCGUGCUCUCCUGCUCGGACAUGUGGUGCACUCGGCAGCAGCAGCAGUUGUAGUAGUAGCACAGGCUGUAGGCUACAGUAGCAGCAAUAGCAUCAGCAGCAGCGGCUGUGGUUGUGGUGGCGGCGCCUACAUGGUGCAGAGACUAUUAUAGCGCGUCUUCCGGGGCUUCUUUUGUCUUUAAUUCCCCCCGUUUUCUGUGCCCUUCCUUCGGUAAUGAGCUUGCUGGGGGCCUACAAGAAAAAGACCAGUUACGAUGGCUAUGAAUCUUUGCAGUUGGUCGAUAGCCCUGGAGAAAGCUUCAGUGUUGGCAGAGGCGGCGGCGGCAGCAGCAGCGGCAGUGGUAGCGGCAGCGGCAACAGCGGAAGCAGCAGCGGUGCACACGGAGCCUCCACAGCUGCGAACAACAACCUGCAGGGAGCGAAGAUAGGCCCGCUGAGAGAGGAGGACUGCAGCACCAUGGACAGCUCAGAUAUGGAUGCAAAUUACGGAGGAGGACUGUUUGAUAUGGUGAAAGGAGGAGCUGGGAAGUUCUUCAGCAACUUCAAGGACAACCUGAAGGACACGCUGAAGGACACAUCGACCAAGGUCAUGCAUCAGGUCGCCACGUACACAAAAGGGGAGCUGGACAUUGCCUACAUCACAUCGCGCAUCAUAGUCAUGACAUAUCCAGCGGAGUCGGUGCAGAUUGGCUAUCAGAACCACGUUGAGGACAUGCGCUCCUUCCUCGACAGUCGCCAUGCCGACCAUUACACUGUUUUCAACCUGUCCCAGCGCAACUACCGUGGCGCCAAAUUCUCCAACAGGGUUUCAGAGUGUAAUUGGCCCUCCCGCCAGGCUCCCAGCCUCCACAACCUCUUUGCUGUGUGUAAGAACAUGCACAAUUGGCUCAAACAGAAUCCCAAGAACGUGUGUGUCAUCACCUGUUCGGAUGGUCGCGCUCCCUCUGGUGUUUUGGUCUGUGCCAUGUUCUGCUUCUGCCACCUCUUCAACAACCCAGUUCCUGCCAUGCAGCUGCUCAGCGCCAAGAGACCCGGUUCUGGCCUCUGGCCCUCACACCGCAGGUACAUCGGCUAUGUGUGUAGUAUGGUGUCAGAGAAGCCCAGUCUGCCCCACUCUAAGCCCCUGGUGAUCAAGUCCCUCACCAUGAGUCCAGUUCCCUGCUUUAACAAGCAGCGCAGUGGCUGUCGGCCCUUCUGUGACGUCCUCAUUGGAGAGACAAAGAUCUUCACCACUGCACAGGAGUAUGAGAGGAUGAGAGAGCACAGGGUCCAAGAUGCCAAGGUGGUUUUCCCUCUGGGCGUCAGUGUGCAAGGCGACGUCGUGGUUUCGGUCUACCACAUGCGGUCAACCAUCGGAGGACGUCUGCAGGCUAAGGUGUCCAACACUCAGAUCUUCCAGAUCCAGUUCCACACUGGCUUCAUUGCCCCUGGUACCACCGUGCUAAAGUUUAACAAGCCAGAGCUUGAUGCAUGUGACUCUCCUGAGAAGUAUCCUCAGCUGUUCCAUGUGAUGCUGGACAUGGAGGUAGAGGGUGUGGACAAGCAGAAAGACCUGACGCCACCGUGGGAGCAGUUUCCCUGUAAAGACCUCAGUCCUAGCGUGCUGUUCUCCUGCCACCAGGAACAUCAGGAUGCACUGGCUGUUGCUGAUGAGAUGGAGGGCUUGGAUCUGGAGGAACCGAGCAUGCCCCGCGCAGGUGCACACGGCCGGGGUCACUGCGAAGAAAGCGAGCCCUCUGACGACGAGAUGCUGUCUCUCUCUAGCCAGCGCAGCAGUGUGAGCACAGCCUCCCAUAAACCCGACCUGCCUGCUGCAGCGCCAGCGCCACCUCCACCUGCCGAGGAAGUGGAUCUGCUUGGCCUGGACGGGGAGGAGAUCAACCACCCACAUGCUUCACCACAGCUCCCGUCUGCUGCAGCCACAGCCACUGACCUUCUCGGGGACUUGUUUGGGGCCACAGCUCAGCCAGCCAGUGGGCCGUCAUCCUCUCAGUCCACACCACACAAAGUAGUGCCCAACACUGCUUCACCAUGUCACUCUCCUGCACCAGCAUUUGACCCCUUUGGGACAGGUCCAAUGCCUAAGCCUCAGGACAUGAUGGGCUCAUUUCUUGGACCAGGUAAUGUGGGGCAGCCAGACCCCUUUCUGCAUGCUGCUCGCUCUCCAUCACCCACCCUGCAGCCCACAAGCCUCGGCCGGAGUUCCCCUGUUCCACCCUCCACCCCAACCGUCAACAUUCAGCAGCAAAACGCCAUGGGAGGAUGGGACUGGAACAGACCUGCUAACACUGGCGCAGGAGGCUUUGGUGUGGGCAGCCGGUCAGCCACAACCAGCCCCACAGGCUCAGUCCACAGCACCCCCACCCACCAAACCAAGCCAAACACCUUAGAUCCAUUUGCAGACAUAGGCAACCUGGGAGGAAACCUUGGAGGAGGUUCUGGCUUCAACAGCAAACCAACUACUCCUACUGGAGCAACACCCUCUUUUCCUCCCAUGGGCUCCCCAUCGAGGCCUCCUCCAUCGCCCCAACAUGCAGGAGGGUGGCAGCCUCAUGCAGGAGGAGCCAGCUUCCCUUCUUGGCAGGCAGGUGCUGGAGGCAAUGCAGGUUGGCAAGGACAAGGCCCUGCCCCACAGCCAAAGCCCAGCCCCAGCCACACCUCCAUGCCUCACACGUCACCUCAGAACCGGCCCAACUACAACGUCAGCUUCUCUGCAAUGGGAGGAGGCUCGCCCAGUGCUGCCGCUAAAGCACAAGCUGCCAUGGGUUCUAAGCCAAAGGCCUCACAUGCCAACUUUGAUGACUUGCUGUCCGGUCAAGGCUUUGCAGGGACCAAAGAGAAGAAAGGGCCCAGGACUAUUGCAGAGAUGAGGAAGGAGGAGAUGGCCAAAGAGAUGGACCCUGAAAAACUAAAGAUUCUGGACUGGAUUGAGGGGAAAGAGCGUAACAUCCGUGCCCUGCUGUCCACCAUGCACACUGUGCUGUGGGAGGGAGAGACGCGCUGGAAGCCUGUGGGCAUGGCUGACCUGGUCACUCCGGAGCAGGUCAAGAAGGUUUACCGCAGAGCAGUUCUGGUUGUCCACCCAGACAAGGCAACAGGACAACCAUAUGAACAAUAUGCCAAGAUGAUUUUCAUGGAACUAAAUGACGCCUGGUCAGAAUUUGAAAGCCAAGGACAAAAACCUCUGUACUGAGCAAACGGUGCGAUGAAUUGAAAUUAAUUCAUGUCAAUGAAUUCACAAAAUAAUUCGCAGCCACUGGUCCAACAUACAGCCACGCCCUUCAACAUCCGCCUUUAUACCUGUUCUUUGACCCACACUUCUUUCUCUUCUGAUCUGCAAAGACGACAGGACUGCUGUGCUCAGAAACAGUGAACUGCACAAACGACACCAACCCCCCCCAAGCUCUGACCUACUGUUUGUAUGUGGUGCAACAUGUGUGUCCUCUCUUGUUGAGUGUCCUUAUCAAACCACUAAUCAAAGCAGAGUCACCGGGACGACUAGGAGAACAAGACAAAUGUUUGAUUGAGAGGAGACGGAACAUCAGAGACGAAGGACGACGAGCAAGAUAAGAGUGAAACACAUCAGGGAGUGACAUGAACAAACACUUCAGAGACGGCUUUAACUGCAAGACUGUCUUUGAGUAUCUGCAACAGGCAUUUAACCGCUAUACGUUUUGCUUGAAAAGUAGAUUUUGUUUAGUUGUUUAUGGGGAAAUCACAUCCACGAACAGCUCUGUCACAUCAAGUCCAGAUUUUUCAGAAAAUAAGCAGCAGCACCAGGUUAUGGUGUAUUUUUAACUUGAGUCAAAUGACAUGGAAACAUGACAAAACAUGUCUUGGCUUCAAUGCUAAUGAGCCAAAACUCUAUUCAAAAUAAUAACAAAACAACUAAAACAAUGUUUAGGAGAGCUGCUUAACAUGACUGUGUCUGAAUCAUAUUUGCAAAAAACUGGGAGAUUGAACAGUAUAUUUUUGGAUUAGCACAUGUACAUUUCCAUAGCGGAAGCACUUUUCAGCCUCUUUCAAAUUCACUCACACGGUACUGUAUGUUUUACAUAGAUCUCUUUGAAAGCACAAACUGACAACUUCACUCCGUGCAGCUUUGAAGAAAAAUUGUGGUUAUUUAUUCUUUUAUUAGCUAGUUUUUUUUUCUCUUUUUUGUCGGGCCAGUGAAACAGGAAUAAUGUGUCGGCACAUAUCGCAAAUUUUAGUUUGUAGUGUCUUUUUCGCAGCAGACUGCAGAGGUCGCAUGAAUGUAGAGGUCUCAAACAUGCGUAAAGUUAUCAUGAAAACAAUUGGUAUAAACUACUCCCCAACACAUGAGGAUAUAUUUAUCAACGCAAUACAUGUACUACACAUUUACUGUCUUAAUAAGUUAUUUUUUUAAUUUAUGUUAUUUAUUUCAGUCUGUGUUAUUUAAAGAUUAAUUUUGCACCAUAAAUGUGUUUUUAUUGUGGACUAUAUAGUUUUAUAUCAAAACAAAGACUUAUACUUUGAAAUACUGUGAAAGAUCAUUAUGAAUAACACAACUGCGAUGUCAUUGUGACACUGAAACUUGACUAAACUUUCAAUGACACCCAGGAUAUAGGAGUUUGAGACCCCUGCACUAAUGUGUGUAAGCAAUACAACAAUUAAGUUCCUCGGUGCAUCACAAGGUGUGGGUUUAUUUUACAGACAUAAAUUUUAGUUGACAGAUUGUGUUGGAGUGACUUCUGUAUCUCACAUUCCCAAUUCCAUUCAAGUCCAACAUAUUGUAGGUUGUAUCUGUUGUCAUUACAAUAGAUUUAUCAAAACUAUUUUCUUUACAAUUACAAAAUGUUCUUUUCUUUUUUGUAAGUUAAAUAAUUUAUACUUCAUGUUAACUGUACAGCACUGUGUGUUAUGUGUGGCAGGUGCAGAGAGCAGGUGUGACCUUGAGCCUACAUCUUUCCACAUAAUUUCAAUAACUUUCUUACUGAUGCGAUUGUUCCUGUGUAUUUUAUUUUCUCUCCUGCCUUUGGAGCAUGUUUUAAAUUAACAUAUUUCAGUGUCAAAUGUGCAAAAAUGAAAAUAUAUGCAUUUGCAAAUUGGAAAAGAAGCAGUUCUGCAAUUUCCUUACAGUUUUACUUUUAUUAUCAGUUGAAAAAUGUCAAUUUUUAACAUUCUGAUCAUGAACCUUUUAAGUGCUUUACUGUUUUCACACUCUGUUUCUGAAUGUCUUUAGUUCUUCAUAGACAUCAUAAUGUCUUUUGUCUUUACUGGAAUUUGUUUUUUCUCCACCUGCUUUGGAAUAUAGACCACAACAAAAAGAGCAACUGAUAUAAAGUGCUGUUUCUUUGACUGGUUUGGAGCUCAGAUGUGGAUCAUUUAAGGAGGAAAAACUGUGUUUUGACUGAAGUGGGUUUCCAUCAGAGGAUGUUAACGAAGAACAUGUACUCUCUUUGGAUUCUCCAGACACAGGGAGAGUGUAAGUUUGUGCUUUUGUGCCCCAUUUACUUUGAGGACCUACAUGUGAAAUAAUCCCUCAUUGACUGACUUCUCUACCUGCAAUUUUACGGCUGUGUUUCAAGGCUAAUCUCGGUAUUGUAGUCAAUGGAUGUGUGUUGUUGUGGUAUGUAUGAAAAGUGUUGAAAAAAAAGACUUGAAUACAGACGACUGUAGGUUAUGUGUUUGCCUGUCUGCUGUUCCAAGUAUUACUAAAAAUGUGUAAAAAAAAACAACAUGUUUCUGUUUACGGUUACAGGAUGUAAAUAAUGAUCAAGUGCAGUGCACAAAAUAAAUAGUGAACAGAAAACUCAA